UUUACUCGGCAAUUGUCAAGGUGACUGCGAGCGAGCUCCAACCUUGCAAACAUCCUCGUCCAAAACAUGGCUUCCAUCGCAACGCGAAUCUACGAACCCGUCUUACCGAAGUCGUGCGAAUCGAAACAGAUCAAUCACCCCUAAACAACCACCUUCUUUGAUCGAAUAGUGCUGCCUGAGAGAGAGAACAGAAUCCUCCGUGGUAGGAUAACUAACGGAAUACAAACUUCUACCGACGAUGGAGAAUACCAUUUUUUUCAAAAUGGGACGGAGGUUGAUGCACCAAAACACAUGCAUGGAAGCUCGUCCACAAUGACAAUGACGUUUGAAGGGCUAUAUUUAAUCUACCUGCCCGUAGACAAGGAUAGAGAGAGACACAGAGAGAGAUGGAGGGGGCUUCGGGGAUCUCACAUCGCACGGUGGAGGUGAACGGGAUAAGGAUGCACGUUGCGGAGAAGGGGGAGGGGCCGCCGGUGCUCCUCCUCCACGGCUUCCCGGAGCUCUGGUACACGUGGCGCCACCAGAUCGCCGGCCUCGCCGCCCGUGGCUAUCGUGCCAUCGCUCCCGACCUCCGCGGCUACGGCGACACCGACGCGCCGCCCGACGUCGCUUCCUACACCGUUUUCCACCUCGUCGGCGACCUCGUCGCCCUCCUCGACACCCUCGCCCUCUCUCAGGUGUUUGUGGUGGGGCAUGACUGGGGGGCGUUCGUGGCCUGGCAUCUGUGCAUGCUUAGGCCGGACCGGGUGAAAGCGUUGGUGAACUUGAGCGUGCCGUUUAUGUCCCGGAACCCAGCUGCGAAGCCCUUGGAUCGCGUUCGGGCUUCUUAUGGAGAUGAGUACUACAUCAUUAGAUUCCAGGAACAUGGAGCUGCAGAAGCAGAAUUUGCUCGGCUUGGAACUGCGACGGUACUCAGGAAAUUUUUCACAUAUCGCAAUCCAGGGCCUCUUUUCAUGCCUAAGGAAGGCUGGUGUUCACCUAACGAGCAGAUUCCAUUGCCUUUCUGGCUCUCAGAAGAGGACAUCAACUAUCUCACAAGCAAAUUUGAAAAGUCUGGUUUUACUGGGCCGAUCAAUUACUACCGAUGUCUUGACUUAAACUGGGAGCUUGCGGCACCGUGGACAGGAGCACAAAUAAAAGUGCCAACUAAGUUUAUUAUCGGAGACCUGGAUCUCAAUUACCAUGACCCCCCACUCAUGCAGGACUAUAUCCACAAGGGUGGCUUUCAGAAAGAUGUUCCGCUCCUUCGGGAAGUAGUUGUUAUGGAGGGAGUUGCUCACUUCAUCAACCAGGAGAAAGCGCAGGAGAUCACCGAUCACAUCUAUGACUUCAUCCGUAAGUUCUGAUCUGGUGUGGGGUCUCUUCGAAUGAAAUCAUCUUCGGUGGAUGUUGAUAAGGAAACUAUGCCAAGCAUCGAGUUGUCUUGAAAGUACUUGUUCUUCAUCGUUGUUGUACUUGGUGAUCAUAUUGGACAUAGCUAGGCUUCUGUCCUGGUGGCAUCAGUAGACUAUGUGGUGUGUUAUUCUGGCCUUAUUUCCAUGGAAUCCACUAAAUAGUAGCUAGUAGCAGGGGUAUAAUGUCGGGCAUUUGGAUGCAGCUGUGACUAUCGAGAUUGUGGCUUGUGACGAUAUGUUUUGAUUUAGUAGUGAUCUUUUUGCA